CUAUAACAUUGUCAUAUUUUUGAGGGUGAGUUAACGUUUUCGAUUAUUACGCACAGGCGCACGGGGAGAUAAAUAGUGACCUUUCUGGUCCAUCUCGACUUCUUAAGCUCUGUAUUUAGAUAACAAAACAGCCAUGAACAUAGCAGGUCUUACAACUGUACUUAUUGCCAUCCUGACAACUUGCAAAGGUAUGACCACCUCACUUAUUAAAGCGACUGUGUUUGUGUAGCGGCUCCGAAUAUAUUAUUUCAAAGCCAGCACACUUUAAUAUUCUCUUUGCAGUUCCCUACCUUCGUUCAGCUCGAAUACUGCGGCUUUUAAAAUGUGAAGGGUAAAGUGAAACACCAUUUGAUUCGACAGUUUAGAGAAAAUCAAGAUUUAAAAAAGGGAUUGGGCAACUUUUUUUUUAAAUGUGUCAUUUGCAUAUCAGUGAAAACACACUGAAAACAGUGUGCGCUGGGUUUUUGCGUUACGUUGGGAGUCAUCCAGGGUUUGCUUGCUGUACGCUUGUGUUUAUUACUCCGGUCUCUAUUAGCUAAUAAAAAUGCAUUCACUUUGAAUUAAGGAGAGAAAGGCAGCUUUCGGCUUGGGCCGAGGGUUUUGCGCGGCUGUAAGGAAAGAGGAGUACAUCUUGCCAACGAACGUCACCGAAACGGAUGAAUUAAGAAAACACACAGAAUUAUUGCUCUUGCAGGUUUAUAAGCUAGGGCUAUGCUUUACAGUAUAUGGGAGUUCCAAUGCAUGCAUAGAUAAAUAUUUUACAAAGGUUUGUCGAACAAUUAUAUUUGCAGGUGAGCUGUCAUUUAAAUAUCUGUGUAUUUAUUGGCACAACUAUUUCCGCACCCUUCACCAGGUAAAUAAGAAUUUUUACUAAACUUUGUUUCUACCUCUCCUUUCGAGGUGUACUGUCCUAGCUAUAGAUUGGCAAUGUUGCUAUGUACAACCCAAAAAGAUUUUGUUUUAAUAGCAAUCAGUUAUGAGGCUGAAAAUUGUUUUUAAUUAUUUUAAGUUGGACCGAGUAAAUUGCCUGUCUUGACAUUAGAUGGGAAAAAAAACCUUAAUACUUAUAGUUAAUUCUUUCAAGUUGCAGAAGAAUUGACAAAUAGAACGAAAUUGGACAAGUAAUUUGAUCUUAAAGUAUAUAGCGUAUAUAUGACCGUCGCCCAAAGUUUGGAGGAUCGUUUUCCCCUGGCGAAGAUGGUUCUUUGUACUCUCCCACAUUUCAUUGUUCUUCUUUAUAAACGUGAAAAUUUCUUACAGGAAGCAAGGUUUGAACUAGAAAACUUUUCGCACAGGUUCCCAAUGUCAGGUGGUCGAGGAGCCUUCAGGCGGAGGUCUGGGUCGAAUAUGUAGCCAAAAACACCAAAAUUCAUCAUCGCAAAAAUAAUCCUGAACUUUGAAGGAAACAGUUCCACUAGUGCAACAUUACAUGACUUUCAUUGAGAAAACCACUUAAACUAAAGGGCUUUAUCUUUAAGAAUUCAAGAAUGUUUUUCCUCAGGUCCCUAAUGUCACGUGGUCGAACAGACUUCAGCAAGAAGCGGAGGUCUGGGUCAAAUAUCUAGCGGAAAAGAACAAGUUUGAACAUAGCAAAAAGAAUCCUGGGAAUUUAUACCUGUCCCACCCUAACGAUUACCCAAAAGAGUAUUGCAGUGAUGCUGUACAAUGGUUCCAUUGGGAGGAGAGGUAUUACAAUUACGACAAACCCGGUUAUGUCAAUAAAGCGGAACAUUUUACACAGGUAUGUUACUGGAUGGUGAUAUAA